CAGAAGCAGUACCAACCGUUUGGGGAUUACAACAGAAAUGUGUACUAUAAAGGUGCAUCUUUUGGUAUUGGUCUUAAUGACCAUGAUUGCUGUGACCUUGCAAUUCAAAUACACCUGUGAUUUGAACCCUUACUCCAAUGGCUGCAGUGUCCCGAAAGGCGUUAAAAUUGCGUUCAAGGGAAGGUUUAAACCCGCAUGUAACAUGCACGACAUAUGUUACUACUGUAUGAAAAGAUUUGGCCUAUCAAGACUGCAGUGCGACAAACGAUUUCGGAGGAACAUGAAAAAGAGAUGCAAUUCUGUUAAAGGAAAGAAUCCUGUUGACACAUUCUUUAAGCGCGAAUCUUGUAAAACACACGCUGACAUCUACUUCGCGGGUGUGCGAGCUGGAGGCGCACAGUUCACCCCAAAGAGAACGGCGCGCUGGUGCCGUUCAAGAUGGGUCAGACCAUGCAUGAAAUAAGAAAUAAAGAUGUGAUGCAAAGUGGAUGCAUGAACACACCUUAAAAGGUUUGUCGAAUAAAGUUUUAUGUUAA